CGGAAGCAGUUGAAAUAUAAUCCUUAGAACUCAGAACUCAAGAGUAGGAAGAAAACAAUGACCACCGUAACAGUGCAGUCGUAUGUGUAGUGUAGUGUUACUUUCUUUAGCAGUGUAGCAGUAUGAGUUAGAAUUGUGAUUUUUAUACAUCUUUUGGGAUUGUUAUACACCUUCUAACUGAUGUAUCUAAUUUGUUUUCAUAUCUGAUCGAAGGAUGUUAUCGACACCUGAUAAAAGCAGAAGUGGGACACCGUAAGUUUCUUGUCAACUCUGACUUCGAGACUGGGUCUCUGGAUCAAGCGAACUUUUGCUGUGCCUUCGCUGAUCUUUUUCACUUAGUUCAAGAAAGCAGUGUUCAUUCUUACGGUCGAUAUUGCAGAACGUUUAGAUACUACACAAAGAAAUAACUGUCGCCAUGGCUGCUACAUCCUGCUUGAGUUUCAGAACAGUCGUUGCCUGGACUAUUGUACUGAAUUGUUUUUUGAUGGUUUCAGUGUCCGCCUCUCAAAGAGGAAAAGUGAUGGCCUUUUUUCAGAAACUUCCUGCCCCAAACGACGCCUCCACCGGGACUCAUCAGUCUUUAGAACCGCUGGAAAAUGAAAGCGACCCACCUGUGCCCGGGCCCAAGGUCGUUGGCAGCGGCCCCGCGGCCCCGAAGGUCAAGGUGAACCAGGACGGAGAGGUGAUGAUCAGCGACAAGGACGUGGUGCACGUGGAGACGGUGGACCUGACCAAAGGCCUGGAGCCGCCCCGGGCCAGUGAGCAGAGGCGUCCGCACCACAAGACGCAGAGCAGCCUCAUCCUGGAUAGAGGCUACUACGACGUGCUGGAGGGUGGGGGUGGGGUCGCCUCUCCCAACGACGUGAACUUUAACCCGCUGGACAUCCCCGAGGGCGGGAGUCUGGAGGAGGAGGAGGCGGAGAAGGAGCUGCUGCGGACCAACCAGAUCGGCGUGCCGUCUAUCCAGGAGGAGUUCCGUCCCCGGUUCGACGGGCAGGUCGUGUCGUGUGACGGUGUUGUGUGUGAGAACAACGGGACGUGCGCCGUCAUGCAAGGGGAGGCCAUCUGUAGGUGUCCUCUGGGCACCCUCGGGACCUACUGCGAGAGAGUGUUAGAAGUACGCUACCCCAAGUUCAUGGGCACCGGUUUCCUCGCCCUGCCCACCCUGCGCAACGCUCACAAGGAGUUCCGGGUGGCCCUGGAGUUCAUGCCCGAGUCGCUCAACGGACUCCUGCUGUUCAGCGGAGAGAUGUCGGACGCCCGCACCGACUUCUUCUCCCUGGUCCUGGACGAUGGAUACGUGGUCUACAAAUUUGACUGCGGCACGGGGGCUGCCGAGCUGCGAACACCUAACCGUGUGACCCUGGGAGCGUGGAACCGUGUGGAGAUGAGCCGCGUGGACAACCACGGCAGUGUACAGCUCAACAGUCACCAGGAAGUGGAGGGCUCAGCACAGGGAGACUACACGAGAAUCACGUUCCGACUGAACAUGUACGUGGGAGGUUUCUCCGACAUGGCCAGCAUCGCAGGCCGAGUGGGCACAGACUACACCUUUGUGGGCUGUGUGCAGGAGCUCUCCAUCAACGGCCACCUCUACGACUUCAGGCAGAAGGGGCUGGUAGGGGAGGCAGAGUUUGGAGUCAACGUUGCCAGCCCAGUUCACGUGCCCCACUUCUCGGGCCACUCGUACCUGGAGUUCCCGGGCCUGCAGCGGUCAGUGUUGUCCUUCACCGAGCUGGAGGUGGUGUUCAAGCCCACCAGUCCCGAUGGCUCCGUGCUCUACAACGGCUACUCCCGGGACCGCAAGGGCGACUUCAUCUCUCUGGCCAUGAGCGAGGGACACCUGGAAUUCCGAUUUGACCUGGGCACAGGCCCUGCGGUCAUUAGGAGCUAUGAACCUCUGAGUCUGAACCAGUGGCACCUUGUGCGCGCCUCUCGCACGGGCCUGAUGGGCACGCUGGACAUCGACGGCCAGCGACAGACCAACGGCAGGCAGGGUGCCUACACCCAGCUCACUCUACUGGACGGACUGUAUCUGGGCGGUCACCCCAACUACGACCACACCUCUCGCCACGCCAACCUCACCCGCUCCUUCACCGGCUGCUUGCAGAAGGUCGUGGUGAACAAGAGGACCAUCAGUCUGCUGGGCAAUGCUGUGGCGGGCGUCAAUGUCGGGCCGUGUUCUCACCCCUGUGCGGGCCAGCCCUGCCUCAACGGAGGCGAGUGUAAGCCCGUGAGGGACGCCUACACCUGCUACUGCCCCAUUGGCUAUUCCAACACAAACUGCGAGGACGAACAAGCACAGCUGCCCAAUAAGCCGAUGUUCAGCGGACAGAGUUUCCUCCAGUAUAGGGACAAGGAAAUCACUAAAAGAGUGACGGGCGACAGGAUGGACUUACAGAUUCACCUGCGGCCACGUGGCCCGGACGGCCUUGUGUUCUGGAGUGGGGAGGACCUGAGUGGCCCGACGGGCCGGGAUUUCAUGGCCUUGGCCUUCCAGGGGGGGAGUCUACAGCUGCGCUACAACCUGGGCAGUGGGGAGGCUAUGAUUGGCUACAAUGACUCGCGGCUUUUUGACGGGGGCUGGCAUUUUGUCAGGGUUCAGAGAGACAAGCAAGACUCUUAUAUGGAGAUAGACGGGAAGGAGAUAGUGGAGGGCAGCUCUCCCGGAGGCUACACUUCUCUCAACACCAACAAAGUUGUUUAUCUGGGCGGUAUGCCAAACAUUAUGGAGGCGACCGGAGGGCGUUUCAUGACGGGUUUCGUGGGUUGCAUCAAAGGACUUAAACUGGCCACGGAUUAUGACGUGAAACUUUUAGGUCAUGCCUACCGCGGCCGUAACGUCGUACAGUGCAAGAAAAAGAUGUUUUUGUAGUUUGUAUGGUUCAUUGUGCUUUUUCACCUUCAUACUUUUAGAUUUUUUCUCUCGUCUAAUUGACGUGUCAAUCAGGUUUUAUUGAUGAUGUUUAGGUUUAAUUUACUGGUAAAAGUAGUAUAAAUCAGAAAGAUUCUUUUAAAAAAUGAUUGUUCCUUUCCUGAAGAUUUAUUUAGGCUUGGCUUCUGCUUGGGAAAGAAAAUGAAGGAAAAGAUGGUUGUCCUGUUUCAAGAUGUGGGUGUCUCCUCUUAUGUCCUUAUACAUUAGUUGUGAGAUUAUAACCCUGGAGAGACAGCCUGUAAUUUCCUGAGUACCAAAUAGUGGAAAGAAACAACAUACAAAGUGUGCAUGCUGUUCGUACACUUGGAUUGCACCUCACAACCUCCUUUCCUCUUUGAAGAUGUGAGAGGUGUGUAGUUUUUGGGUGUCAUGUCGUCCUUGUUGCUUGAAAUGGGGGAUUGAGUCUCCCUAGCCUCAUCAUAGUCUCAUCCAAAUAUAUGAAGAUUGCUGGCAACAGACGAGAAUUGCUUUUUUUUAUGAGGCCAAAUGCACACUGGCAGUUCACGACAUAAAUUUAUCUUUUUUUUCCUAGGCACACCAGCAUUUGCUUUAGGAAAAUUGUUAUUUCUUUGUGCUCUGCCAAGUUGUUCCUGAAUGAGCAUAAGUGGUUGAUUGACUAAUCUGUUUUUGCUCGGAAUUGAAUGUUAUGAAUGUCAAUGAAUAAGAAUAAGAAACAACCUUUGGAAGCCUACUUUUUAGUUAGUCUUUACACCAAACUCUGUUGAUUAUGUCAAAACUUUAAAAUACCACAUUCGUCAUUUUAUGUAAAUUGUCCUUUGAUGAAAAAGAUUUGUCUUUUAUGCAGAGGUGAGAAUAUGAGAGAAAAUGUUGCUGAUGGAUUUGAAGUAUAUGUCCCGGAGGUCUGUUUGGUUACUUUGAUUUAUUUUUCAGGCCUAUUAGUCAUCUAGAUGUGCGUCAUUUGAUAAUCACUAAGUUAAUAUUAGAGUUUACAAUUGUCGAUUCUUUUCUUCUUUUUUCUUAUAAUUCGAAAUCAAAAUGUUUUGAAAUAUUUUUAAAUCCAAAGAUUUUUUUUUCAAGUUUGACGCUUGUUUUUUUACUUGUUGUUUUUUUUUCACAUUCCCAAUCUUUAUGCGUCAUUCGAAUGUACAUAUUGUUCUAAUGUGUAGUUUGUCAAGUGUCAUUUUGAGUUUAAUGUGUAUAAUUUCGUACUUCGAUCCAGAAAAGGAUGACUUAAAGUUUGCUCAUUUUGUUGUGAUGAGAGUAAAGUCAGAACCCCAGACCCACCCAUUUCGGGGACAGUGUUUAUUGAGCAAGUACGUAGUCAGACCUGAAAGUUUCACAAAGUGCUUGUGGUUGUUGAGGAAUAUGAUGUUGCUAUUUCUUUUCCGAUACUCUUUGGUUUACAUUCACCCGUUGGGUUCCCCCUACCCCUUUAAAAAA